AUGCACCACAUCCUACUCCUAUCAAUAAUCCUCGCGAUCGCAGCCCCACUGGGAGCCAUCCCAUCCCAAGCCAGGGCGGAAAGCGCGAAACAAGUAUACCAAACAACGAAAAAAUUCCCACUCGCAAACCCAGGCAACAUCCCAGUCCACGAUCCCAACAUAAUCCUCCACAACGAGCAAUACUACCUCUUCAAAGGCGGUGUCAACAUCCCAAUCUUCAAAUCAGCCAACGUCUCCGGCCCAUGGGAAAAGCUCGGCACAGUCCUGGGCGGCGACAGCAUAAUCCCCAAAACCAACCGCACCCGACCCUGGGCACCAACAACAAUCGAAAAAGACGGCACAUUCUACUGCUACUACACCGUGAGCGCGAAAGGGUCACGCGACAGCGCGAUUGGCGUCGCGACAACAACAUCCCUUGACGGCAGUCCCUGGACGGACCACGGUGUACUCAUUAACACAGGCACCGGCGCUGGCUCCGAUGUGUGGCCGUACACGAUCACGAACGCCAUCGACGCGUCUGUGAUUUUCGACCGGGAUUCCGGACAGGCGUAUCUCAACUACGGCAGCUUCUGGCAUGAUAUCUGGCAGGUGCCGCUGGAGGAUGAUUUGCUUUCUGUUCAGGAUGCUGGGGCGCCGGAUGCGGUGCAGUUGACUUUUAUCCCGCGGGCGAAGUCGAAGCCUGAGGAGGGGGUGUGGGUUAGUUUUCGGGAUGGGUUUUAUUAUGCUUGGUUUAGUCAUGGGAACUGUUGUAAUUUCAAGAAUGGGUUCCCGGAGCGUGGGAAGGAGUAUAGUAUUCGGGUUGGGAGGUCGAGGAGUGUGCGUGGGCCGUUUGAGGAUCAGAAGGGGAAGUCUUUGCUUGAUGGUGGUGCUCAGCUCGGCUGGAACUAUCUGAAAUAUGAGGAUGGGUGGCCAGUGGCUGUUGAGGGCCAAAAUGCCACAGCCAAUAACGCCUUCGGUUAUGGACCUCCUGGCUGGGCUUAUCUGGCAAUCGUUUCCGGUCUAUGGCUGUGCAUAUGGCAAUAG